UUUUUAUGAUGUUCCGCGUCUUUUUCCUUGGAUUGAUGUAUCAUACGAGGAGGAAUUUCGUACCAAUGCGAUUUGUAACCGAGUGAGACUUAUGUAUAAUGGACAUCUCGUACUUCCAUUUUACAGCAAAGGCUUAUCCCUGUUUGACAAAUGGAUAAAGGUCAAGAAACUAACGAUAUAUAUGAAUCUGUCUCAUCGCACAAACCUAGAUGUAAUUUUGUGCUUCCCUAAUUUAAUCGACUUGGCAAUUGAAUUCGACCACUCAAGUCAGUUGAAUAGGUUUCUUUACAUUAGACUAGGACGUAUACAACAUCUAAGGCUUGCAUUCUUCAAUCCUGUAACCCUAGAUCUAAUUAAACAAAUAGAAGACAUUUUCAAUUUACAGGAACUAAUUACAUUUCAACUCCAUUUAUGGAAUGAGGAGGCGUAUCCUAGAUUGUUGGAAAACCUGCUCCAGAAUUUGAUAUCAACACUAUCUAGCGUCCAAAAUCUUUCAUUGAUCUGUAAACCGGUUCAGUUUGGAAAUAUUAUCAAAAACUUGAAACCAAAUUCGUUAACUUCAUUCUAUGUAAGAAUUGUGGGAAUAAUGGAUAAACCAUUAGCAAUAGAAACCAUUUUGAUAAACCAACACCAAUCGAUAAAACAGUUAUUCUACUGCUACGUAUCUCCAAGUUCUCCUUCUAAAAGGGUAUAUGGAAUUGAAGAAUUUGAUAAAGUCUUUAAAGUCAAAAGUAACACCUACCUUGAUGAUUUACUCGAUGGUUUGAACGAAAUUAAAACUAUACUAUAUCAUGCUGGGAGAUUCCCUAAUUUAGAUCAAGUAUUUUAUAAUGAUUAUUGCUACUUCAUCGAAAGAAUUUCAGAUAAGAUAUAUAUCCUGCCUUCUAACAAUGUUAUUUCUACAUGUUGCAUUAGACCUUACUGAUGGUUCUAACUACUUAUUUAGCAAUUAUAGUUAAUUUGAAAUUAAUUUGGUUUGAUAACCCGGCUGAUGCAAGAAUCUAGUAUUAAUACUCCAUUUCUAAUCUCAAAAAGACUACCAACACAUUUGGAAUUCUCAAGAAAACACAUACGGAGAGCGUGUUCUAGAAUUUUCUUGGGAAACAUGAUUUCUAUUCGUGGCAAUGGUGGAGACACGUCAAAUUCCCUGUUCCCUUCCUCUAAGCAAUUGAGGAGAGCUUUAUUCAUGCUUGACCAAUAUAUAUUGAUUUUUGCUAAUGGUGCUCCAUCAGAUAAGUAUUUAUGAUAACAUGAUCUUACCACCGAGUCAGGAUAAUUUAUUUUAUAUGCCAUGACUUCACACAUUGGAUAUAACUUUGUAUAAAUUGUUUCAAUACUGGUCUUGAAAUCGUAAAAUAAUACUAUUCUUAAAAUAAAUCCCACAACAAUCAUGAUAAUGAUAAUAAGGCAUGUUUCGUGAGCAACUGGUUGUAGUCCCAAGUUAUCGUUAAAUAACGUCCAGAUUUGAGGGCAGAAUAUUCUGAUAACCAGAUUCAUCAACCUAAUAAUACCUUCUUGUUGGUUAAUUUCAAUUACUGGAUCAUGUGAUGCAACUAUAUCUCGUUGUUGUUCUUGAUAUGAAUCAAGAUCAUGUGCUGCAAAUGGGUCGGGUUGCUGAUCAACGUUUUGAUCAAGAUAAUCUUGUUCCAAAUCGAAUCCAUCAUCUUCUGAAUCAAGAAAACCCUCUUGUAAAUCAAUUGCAUCAUCUUCUGAAUCAUAUUCGUAUUCUUCGAACUCAAGACCAUCUUCUUCUGAAUCAAGUGCAUCAUCUUCUGAAUUAUAUUGAUAAUCUUCAUCUGAAUCAGUAAUUUCUAUAGCUACAUUGUUGGCACCAUAUUGUUGUUCUAAUUGGGCUGAUGUUAUUUGGUUUCUGUUCAUAUCCAGCACAAUACCUUGAAGUUCCAUUAUUUCUUUGAUUCAAUGGUGAUAUUUGAGCAAUUGGUGGCAAUAAAUUCUCUCUUGUUUCUCUUUUUUUUUGCGAUUUUUUGCAGUAUUUUUCCAAGGUUACACAGAAAAUUGCAUAUAGUUGAAUAUAUCUGUAUUAUUCUAGAAAGCCCAAGUAGAGUAACAAAAUAAUGCAAAUUAUAUAUUCCAUUUUUGUACCCUCUAAUAAUUUCCCCUGUAGUAACCGUUGCUAGAAUAACAACACCAUAGUACGCGCUUUGUUGGAUGGAUGUAGUUUCCAAUCUUUUGUUAGCAUAUCUUUAUUUCUGGCAACGCGCGUUGAAUUUUAUUUAACUCCAUCAAUAAGCACCACCACAACAAUGUAUGGAGACAUCGCCAACAAGCUCAUUCUUGAGGCUAAGCGGUCUGUUAAUCUUUCUGAAGUUCCAUUAUACCAAACUGAAUUAGUUAAAGACAUAAUCAAGGAGAUCAACGAUCUAAAUAGAGAUGCUGACUACUUGACGGAAGAACAACAACUAUUACAGCAGGAAAGUCAAGAUGGUACCGAAGAGGAAUCCAAGAUUAAUCAAUGUCAGUUAUUUGUUACCAUAUUAUCCAUGAGACGUAAUAAACGAUGUUUAUUGGCGUAUGAGAAAUUACGUGCUGAUAAAUUAGUCGAGUUUUCAUGGUUGAAUGUGGAUCCUAUAGUAGAAGUAGCAUUAGAUAACUUGAACCAUGCUGAACAAGAAUUUCUCAAGAAUUAUCAGGAAUUGUUGUUAUCUUAUAAGUCGAGUUUUUCUGAUGUUGAUUUACUGGGAGAUUUGAAUCCACCUACCAACAUAUUCAUUGAUGUUCGAGUACUCAAAGAUGGUGGUGAAGUUCAGACUGAAUACGGUUCGUUCAACCUUAUAAAGGACUCGCAAUUUUAUGUAAGAAAGUCUGAUGUUGAGAGGCUAAUACAACAGGGGUAUUUGGAAGAAAUAUAGAACAUAUACAUUUAAUACACACUAGAAUAAAUCAUCAACAUCAUUCUCUAAUUUGUCAAUGACAUUAUCUAUUGAAUCCUGUGGUUUUAUUUCUGGGAUAAUCAUGUCAACAUCUUCAGAAGAGAUCUGCUGUUCUGGUUCCGGUUGUUGUUCUUCCUCUUGAGAUUGUAAUUGUUCUUCCUUUUCUAGUAACUUGUCCAAUUCCUUGACUUCCAUAUUUAGUCUCUUCACUCCUAAUUGAGUGUUUUUUUGUUCAACACUAAUAGGCAAGAUCAUAACCCCGUCUUUGUUCUUGUCGUAUACUCCAAUGUUAUCAUCCAUUAUCUUGACUUCCUUACGUAAAUCAAUCGCCACUUUACUGAGUAUAUCGUAUAUUUGAGAUGUCUGUUGUGGGAACAGAGAUUUUAUAUUGUCCAUGCUUUCAGUGGAGUAUGUUUGGAAUAGCAGCGAGAGGUUGUCUAGGAGGGAGACAACCUUGCAGUCAAUAUCGUAGAGGGCGUCUAGACGUUCUUGGAUGAAUGUAUCUGCUUUUUCGUCUUCUAGUGACAUGUUGUGUUGUAGUAUGUGUGGUAUAAAAGGUGGUUUAUAAUGGGAUGUAGGAAUAGCAAAGGAAGAAACAACCAAAGGUGUUGCCAAAAUUGAU